AUAAAGGUCUCUUGGAUAAAAGUAACCCGAGCAAUACUUUCGGCCCCGCGCCCGCAGUCUCUCGGCCCCUGUCAGUAAACAUGGCGGACUACGACCUCACGUCCAAGCUGGGGCCGUUUUUGGACCGCCAUUUGGUGUUCCCGUUGAUGGAAUUCUUGUCCGUGAAGGGGAUCUACGAUGAAACUGACCUUCAGCGUGCCAAGCUGGAGCUGCUGUCCAGCACCAACAUGGUGGACUUCGCCAUGGACAUCCACACCUCACUUUACCCAGACCAGGUUGUGCCCGCUGAGCUCCCGGAGCGCAGGUCACGGGUCGUCUCAGAGCUGAAGCGGCUGCAGACGGAGACGGAGCCCAUCUUCAAGAUCUUCAGUGACAACGAGGUCCAGAAGCAGCUCCAGAACUCCCGGGACCACCGCACACUCAUGCAGUUCCUUGUAGACAACCACGAUUUCCGCCCAGAGAUGUUGGACACCCUAUACUCGUUUGCCAAGUUCCAGUACGAGUGCGGCAACUACUCUGGCGCAGCAGAUUACCUGUACCUCCAUCGUGGCCUCGUGCCAAUCAGUGACAAGAACUUCCUGAAUGGGCUGUGGGGGAAGCUUGCCUCGGAGAUCCUGACGCAGAACUGGGAGAACGCCCUCGAAGAUCUGAACCGCCUCAAAGAGUUCAUUGAGAGCAACAUGACCACCUCGCCGCUGCAGGCCCUCCAGCAGCGCACAUGGCUCAUACACUGGUCACUCUUCGUCUUCUUCAACCACCCCAAAGGCCGCGAGUUGAUCAUCGAGAUGUUCCUGUACCAGCAGCCAUACCUCAACGCCCUGCAGACCAUGUGUCCCCAUGUGCUGCGCUACCUGGCGACGGCCGUGGUCAUCAACAAGAACAGCAGGAGGGCUGCCAUGAAGGACCUGGUGAAGGUGAUCCAGCAGGAGAGCUACACCUACAAGGACCCCAUCACAGAGUUCCUGGCCCAUCUCUACGUUGACUUUGACUUCGACGCUGCCCAGGAGAAGCUGCAGCAGUGCGCUGCCGUGCUGGAGAACGACUUCUUCCUGGUGGCCUGUCAGAACGACUUCAUUGAGAACGCGCGACUUAUGAUCUUCGAGCUCUUCUGCAGAAUCCAUCAGUGCAUCAGUAUAAACAUGCUCGCCGACAAACUGAACAUGAGCCCCAAGGAAGCCGAGCGGUGGAUCGUCAACCUCAUCCGACAGGCCAAACUGGACGCCAAGAUAGACUCCCAGCAGGGCCACGUGGUGAUGGGCACGCAGGCUGUCUCGCCGUACCAGCAGCUCAUCGAGAAGACCAAGACCCUCAGCUUCCGCACACAAAUGCUGUCUAUUAAUGUGGAGAAGAAGGCCACCGCAAGAUACAGCGAGGGGCCGAGCUGGGCUGUCCAAAGCUAGUGGCAUCCCUUGUCUAGCAAAGAGCCCCCAGCCACCACUGCAAGAUCUUAUACAGCAGCAGCAGCAGCAGUAGCAGGAGGGAAUAAAAAAAAGAAAAAAAAAGGGUGGGUAGACCAAGAUAUCAUCAGACUCCAACUUGACUAACGUGUAUUUGUAUUUGUACCAUUCAAAUAAACAUCACAGUGUAUAA